UCACCUCACAUCUCCCGCCCCCAGACCUCCCGCACCGCUGUGCCAACAACGCUCUCCGCAAUGGAGUCUAUGGAAACGAAGCUCCUGAACAAAUACAACAUCGCGACCCUUUACCCCGAAGCCUGGCCUGCGGAGAAAGAUGCGCGCGAAAACGAAUCCGACGACUCGGAUGAUGAUGGACCCCCGGUCAUGUCGGCGCGCAUUGUCUCGGUGCGGAAGUCGCGAUUCUCGGUUUUAGAGGGCUCGGGGAGCUUUUCGCGGAAGAGGGAGGGUGUGGAAAAGACAAAGGAUGGUGUGGAGAAUAUGGUGCAGAAGGAUGAGGGGGAUCCGUUGGGCAUGUAUCCUAGCGUCGUGCAGGUGCUGCGAUCGCGGGGGUUGGGUGUUGAAGACGAUAUAAAGAUGAGGAACAGGUUCCUGCUAUCGUCUACAACUUUCUCUCCCGCUCUCUUCCUUUCCCAAGUCCAUAAUUCGGCGUCGACCGAUUCCCUGCUCCAGGGACUCGACUUUCUGUCCCGUUCGAUCGAAAAGAAAUCCGCGUCUCUCAAAGUCCUCGUCGAGGCCAAUUUCGAGCGUUUCGUAGGCGCCAAGGCCACAAUCGAUCGCGUGUACAAUGAGAUGAGAGAUGUGGGAAAGGAGCCGGAGGCCCCACCCAGCCCCGGUCGUAAACCCGCACACUCGCGCGGACCUAGCAGGAGUAGUUUCUCUUCACGACAAGCCAGCAAUUCGCUCAGCGCUGGAGUGAAGCUAGGAGAGGAAAAGAAAAAGAAGAAUGCGCUGGUCAAGGAGAGCGAAUAUGGUGUUCAUGGAAUCAAGGUGCCACUCACGGAGGUCGCUGUGAAAGCGGAGGAGGUCUGGGGUCCUGCCUUGGGGGGAAGGGAAAAGGAAGAGACGCUCAAGUCCAUACUAUCUUCUGUGGAAAAACACCGUGGCCUUUUUGAGAUUGGAUCCGCGAUACAAGAUGGCAUCCGGAGAAAGGACCAUGAAGUGGUUGUGGAAGAGUAUACCAGAGCGCGCAAAUACGCGGAAGAUGCGCGGUAUAUCGUCGAGCAGGCAAAUUACUCCAAAACGUCGUUGACCGACGUCCAAAUUCACCAGAUCAUUGUCACGGCGAGGAUGUGGGCUGACGUCGAACAUCAAGUGGAGGCAUUCAAGCGCGAUGCAUGGAAACGACUUACGGCUAUGCAUUUCACGAAGCAAGUGAAUCCUCAUCAGAGCAGUACUGAAGAUACAAAAAGCGAACAGUAUAUGGAGUUGAUCUCCAUCAUGCUGGAGCUCGGCGUGGAAGAUAAUCCGAUUUGGGUAUGGCUGUUGUCUCGAUACGAAUACCUGAAAUCACGGGUCAUUACGACAUGCGAUCGCAACAAGGUGGAGAUUGAGAUUUUGCGCAGACAUCUAGCGAAUAGUUCCAAGCCGGGACUCAAGCUAUUGCUCAAGCAUCUACGCGCUCUUCCCACUAACAACAAUGUCAGCGUGGAACCUGGAAAACUCGAUACAGUGAAGGUUAUUGAGUUUUGGGAACAUCAGUAUGCGUCUAUGACAGCCUUGCUUGGGAUCAAUGGCGGUCUUUUGGGUGAACUCAUUGAGUACUGGGAGAUUGUGCAGUCUUUCGUCCAGGGACGAGCGCAGCGUAACCUCCCUAUGGGCUUCAACAACCAAUCUUCGGUUCAUCACAAGCUCACUUCUGCGAACAUUGAGGACCUUGAAACCGGCAUGGCUGAUCUCAUUAACGUCAUCCGGGAAGUGCUGUACUCCUUCUUCGCUGAGCCACCAGUCGAUGAUAUAUCGAUGCUUUUCUCGCCUAUCCCUCCCUCACCUACAUCAGCAACUACUCCAAGGACUCCCCUGAGUGCCGCACUUAGUCCCACUGUUGCGUCCAAAUUCCGUUUUGAUAAAAACAACGUGCCCCCGCCUUCUCCCGGCCGUGGCGAGGCAUGGGAAAAAUAUGCUUUCUGGCCGCCCAACUCGAAUGCACUGUCGGGCGUACACUAUCUUUCAAAGCUGUUGGUAUUGAUCGGUACUGCAGCGAACGAGAUGGCUUCAUUCCAGCUAUCAACGGCAGGGUCAGUUCCUCGCAUCGACGAGUCCCUGCGUCAAGCCGUAGGCGGUGUCCGUGAGCGCUGUAUACAAGCUGUUUGUGCGGCUUGGAACGCAGACGCUGAAAACAUCAAGGUGCUCGAGGAUUGGUCGCGCGACGCGGAUCGCAAAGAUAUCACAACUAUGCCCACUCGGUUCCUCGCUGUACAGAGCUUUCUCCUCAACAAUCUUCAGAAGAUAAUGUACAUUGAAGCAUCGACGAAGACUAAUGUUGAUGUUAUUGUGCCGCCUAGCAGCAAAUUGUUGCAGAUGGUGAGGAGCCAGUUUGUCAUGAGUCUAUACCGAACGUUGAGUGGAAUGGUGGAGUGCGCUGAGAAGGGAAGAAACGCACUUGGUAAAGAGUUCGAGAUCAAGGACGAUGAUCUAGCAGUCAAUGAAGAAGAAGGCGAGGAUGGGACAUGGGGGAAGGUCGACUCGACCAAACAAUCCACUCGUCUCCUCCUAACCCUCUCCAACAUGUCCUCCUUCCAAUCCGAAAUUGCCCCACAACUCCUCACUCUCUUCGAGACACUCUUCUCUGUCCAGCUCACCGACGAAACAAACCGCAUACGCGAUGUCCUCUCCCAACUCGAUUCACAGCUCUUCCGGUCCUACACCAAACCGCACUCUGCCCGCGCCACCGCCACUAUCGAAGCCGGCAUCACCAGCCCAAACUGGGCGCCCAGCCCUCCCCCCGGGAAAUCUGCUGCAGACCGCGAACCCUCCCCUUACGUCUUCUCUGUCCUCCUCGACCUCGUCAUUGUGCACACCGAAGUCAGCACCACGUCCCCGCCGCUCACAUCCCGCAUCCUCCGCGCCCUAUUCGAAUCUACCACCUCCUCCCUCAUCACCACUUUCCAGAAUAUGCCACCGUAUAAUUUGUCGCAACUUAUACAGGCUACCCUCGACGUUGAGUUCAUGGCUCAAACUCUUGCUAGUUACACCACGGAGAAGGUGAGCCAGGUUCAAACAGACAUUUAUUCCGUAUUGGACUCAAGGACAGAUAAUGCAGCGAGGAUGCGUUUGCAAGAGGAGCUUGGAGCGUUGAGGGGAGUGUUGAAGAAGCUGAGAGAGGGGACUAGAGUUGAGUUUGCGUGCUUUAGGGCGAGGAAGAGGGAUGGAGAUCGAAGAUAG